CUCCCCAGGAAUGCAAACGGGCGGCAGAAAAAGUGCAUUUACCGGAAUCUGGGAGAUGACAUUGUCGGAGCGUCAGAAUGCAGCCACACUCUUGGAUAAUACGACUGUAACACCUUUCGUCUACUGCCGAUAUUACUUCAAAUGUUUCUUCUGUCAUCAGCAAUAUUCCAAUAUCAACAAUCUCCUCGAACAUACUUUGACCCAUGAAAUGCCCGACAGAGCAACUAUACUAAAAGAAUUAAUACCCAAAGGAAAACGCACAGUUAAAGUUGAUAUCGCCAAUCUCAAAUGCAAAAUAUGCGAACGGAUGUUCACUGAUAUUAACCAAAUACGAGAACAUCUAAUUUCAGAGCAUAAUAUAAGUUUUACUCCUUCCGGUAACGGAGUCGUGGCUUACAAUUUGGCGCCCAAGAAGGGGCAGUUCGCGUGUCACGUCUGCGAUAAAAUGUUUCAAACCUUCAUUCUGUUAAACCGACAUUUGAACGUGCAUUUUUGUAAUGCUAUUUGCGAAACUUGUGGUGCCGGUUUUAUAACACACCAGCGUCUCUUACAGCACAAAGAGAUACAUUCUGGCGGAUAUCCGUGUACGAAAUGCAAUAAAGUUUACACCACAAAUUCUAAUUUGAAGUACCAUAUUGAAAAGAGUCAUCAAGGUGGAACUAAAAUGCGCAUGUUACGUUGUACACAUUGCUCGGAAAGAUUCACAGAACACUUUAGAAAGUUAAAACAUCUUAAAGAAGUUCACGGAAUAACAUUUAUUUUCGAAUGCGAGAUUUGCAAGUUAGUGUUUCCAAGUCGUAGAUCAUUGACAAUGCAUACAAAUAAAUAUCACUCGUUAAAAACGCAAUGCGAAGUGUGCAAGAAGAACUUUAGCUGUAUAACAACUCUGAAGAAGCAUAUGAUUUCACAUACAGGGGAGAGGAACUUUGUAUGCAAGAUCUGUGCUAAAUCUUACCGUCACCAGAAAAGUCUUAAACAACACUCGCAAAUUCAUGAUACAACAGAUGACUUGAUAUGCUCCGAUUGCGGAAACUGCUUUCCUAAUAGAAACGAUUUUAACAAACAUGUAAAAGAUUGGCAUCGUCGAUGUUUAUUAGAUUAUAAUGCUUGUUAA